AUGUCAACUACAAUCCCCUAUGAUCCGAAAACAGUCGCCUUGUUGGUCAUUGAUAUGCAAAAAUCUUUUCGACAUGAGAUUAUUGAUAUAAUUCCAAAUGUGCAAUCUAUUGUAAAAGCUUGUCACAAGAAAGAGAUUCCUGUUUUUUGGACUAAACGUGGUCAUAGAAAUCUAGAACUUGACGGAGGUGCUGUUGGAAGAUGGUGGGGUUCUAUAUGGGGAUCUGAAGAAUUAGAAAUUAUGAAAGAAUUGAAGCCAUUUAUUAUGCAAUCUCCUACUUUGAUUGAUGUUCUUGAUUUUAUAAUUAAAAAUAAAAUAUGUUAUGAAGCUUUUAACAACACCAAACUCGAUUCUCUGCUUAUUUUUCUUGGAAUUAAAGCACUUAUCAUAUCUGGUGCUAAGACAACUUUGUGUUGCGAAGUGACAGCAAGAAAUGCAACCGCUACAGGAAAUGAAAAAAUGCAUGAAGCAAUAUUAUUAAAUCUAGAAUAUGGUGUGGUCAAAGUUUCUACCGUUGCUGAAGCAAUUGAAUG